UGCGCACUUCACUUGACUUCACUUCACUUUCGUUUUGCGUCGAAGUGAAAGUAAAGUUGACUCGGUGUGUUAAACGUCUUCUUUACUGCGUUGUCAUCGAUGAACGCUGUUGCUUUAGAUAAUUAGGUGAAACCUGAACACAUUUGGCGAAGCCUUUGGUGAAAGAGAUGGACGACAAACGCCGCAACGACAGCAGCCAGAUGACAGAGCUGCUUCAGCCGGAAAUACUGCACAACGGGGCCGCCUGCUCCUCAUCCUCCUCUGAACCCCCCUCUUCCUCUGCACCCUCUUCAUCUAAACCCCCCUCUUCCCCUGCAACCUCUUCCUCUAAACCCCCUUAUUCCUCUGAACCCCCCUCUUCCUCUGCAUCCUCUUCCUCUAAACCCCCCUCAUCUUCCUCUGAACCCUCUUCCUCUAAACCCCCUUAUUCCUCUGAAACCCCCUCUUCUUCUGCACACCCCUCAUCCUCCUCUGCCCCCUCCGGUAACGGAGAUGUACGUAGUAGACGUGUGGAGGGGGACGAGGCGGGGAGGAUGCAGAGGGAGGACGGCGCCUCGUCUUGUUGUCCGCUGAACGACCUGAAGCGACUUCCAGAGUGUGACAGAAAGCUGGGACCUCUGAAAUUCAACCAUGUGCACACGGUCCUCGUAGAUGUUGCUGCUUUCAACGAUGGAAAAGGACCUUUGCCUCAGAGAGGGAGAGACAUGUGGAACAGUAACUUUGUGAAAAGUCCAUGUUCACCAUCCAGCCUCAUGAUCAAGACUGGACUUAUGAAGUCACCGACCCAGACGAGGAGGUGGGACGUGAUCUCCAAGCAGCUGAGCGCUCUGGCCAAGAAGACCGCCGUGAGCGUCGAUGAUGUGAAGGAUGCUAUCAUCAAAUAUAACCCCAAGUAUAAAAGUCAGUGGUCCUUUGAUGCCCUCUACAGCUUUGUUAAGGUUAUGCCGAAAGAAGAAAAUAACUUCACUAAACUGGUUCCAAAGAUUGCUGCGUUGGCCUUAAAGCUGCCUGAACUCGUGCAGAAGGCAAUCCCGCUGCUUCGGACCGGACACUCUGCAUCCAUCACUCUGUCACAAGCUCAGAUCUCCUGCCUGCUCGCCAACGCAUUUUUCUGCACUUUCCCUCACCGCAACGCCACAUCUCACAACGCAGAGUACCACAACUACCCCACCAUUAACUUCACCAGUCUGUUGGGACAGUGGUCACAGCUGAAGAAAGAGAAGCUGAGGGCCAUCAUGUAUUAUUUCCAGGUGGUUACAGAUGAGAACACUAAACCAAAAGGACUGGUGACGUUUGAGAGGCGCUGCCUCAGAGACCAGGACGUGUCCGACUGGAGAAACUGUAAGGAGAAGCCGCCUAAACUGCACGUCACAACACACGGGACCAUCGAGACCGAAGGCACAGGGUUGCUCCAGGUGGAUUUUGCCUGCAGCUCUAUAGGUGGAGGUGUUCUGGGCUCUGGUCUGGUGCAGGAGGAGAUCCUGUUCCUCAUGAAUCCAGAGCUGAUCGUGUCCCGCCUCUUCACUGAGAAACUCGCAAAAAACGAGUGUCUGAUCGUUACAGGCUGUCAGCAGUUCAGCCUUUACUCCGGUUACCGUGAGACCUUUGAGUGGGUGGGCCCUUAUGAAGACCGCCUCGACAGAGACGAGUGGGCUCGGCUGAAGAGGCAGAUCUUAGCCAUCGACGCUGUGAACUACAAACACAGACGGGAGCAGUACGAUAUGAUCCGCGUCACACGGGAACUCAACAAGGCAUACUGUGGAUUUAAGCGUGAUGGGCACAAUGAGCCCGACAUCGCCACGGGCAAGUGGGGCUGUGGAGCUUUCAACGGAGACCCACAACUCAAAGCGGUGAUCCAGCUGAUGGCGGCAGCGAGGGCGAAGCGAGGACUGGCCUUCUUCACCUUUAACGAUGAAAAGCUGAAGCAGGGCCUGCAGCAGACGCACCACCUGCUGGUCACACAAGGAACUACAGUUGAGAAACUGUUUGGACUCCUGGAGGACUACUGCGCUGUUCAGCAGGCGUCCAGCGGUUCACAUGUGGAUCUGUUUGAGUUCAUCGGGAACUCCGUGAGACCUUCCCGGAGUCAGCUGUGAGGACGGAUUCAUGGCUGCUUCAGAAUUUGCACUAAAAUCUAACCCAAAUGUUUUUUAUAACAGAAAUGAAGAAGCUACUUAAUUAUCUUCAGGAUAAUUAUUACUGUCUUUUUUUUUUUUUUAACUUUAGCAAAAGUAAACCCUCUCAAUCAUCACGUAUGAAGCGCUAGAAGUGUGUGGCAGUGUCUGUAUCUGCAGAGACUCUGCCCUCUCUUUUCUUCUCAUUUUGGCGUCCGUAAAGAGCCUUUUGGGCCCCAAGUGUAAGGUGUAACCCCCAGCCAAUGAGUGUGCAGCCCGCUCUCAUUCCCAAUACCUCCGUGAAACAAUCAGAAAAUAACAUUUUAUUCCUGUGAUUCACGGCUUAUGUUCUUACCAGUCUCUCUCUCUCUCUCUUUCUCUCUCUCUUUCUCUCGACAACUUUGAACGCUGCGUGUUUACAUUACAAACACCAACAGAAUAUGCUGCUAAGUACACCUUUAAUUUGAUAGUUGACAGUGUAGCGAUGGGACAUAUCAGUCCUUAUUUGGCAUGCUUUGGGGACAUUAUAUCAUUUCUAAGAACUGUGUUUGAUUUGCAUUCGGCUGGAAGGAGGAGAGGUUUUGGUAUCCUCAGUUUAUAAUAUCGUUUUAAGUUUACGAAGUUCAGUUGUAUGUUUGCAGACUUGGAACGCAGAUCUUUAUCGAUGAAAUAAAGGUCUUACUAUUGCACCA